AUGGCUCCGAUUGAUGAAGCAAUUGCAGAUCUAGAAUCGCGCGAUCCAGGAGAAAAGUUCACAUUAAAAGAGGUUGCUGAAAAAUGGGGGGUUGACCGCUCAACGCUGGGGCGAAGAUGGAGGCGCGUGACAGGACCUAGGAGCGAUGGAUACGCUCAGCAACAAGCUAUCGACCCACAACAGGAGUUAGAGCUUGUGCAGUACAUCAUUAAGCUUACUAAGCGAGGCCUUCCUCCUACUCGAGAGAUGAUCAGGAAUUUCUCAUCAGAAGUAGCCCAUCAGCAGCUCAGCGAAAGCUGGGUUACUCGCUUCAUCAACCGACACGAGAUCCAUCUCAUCUCAGAGUGGAUCACCACCACGGAUCGUACGCGCGAUCGAGCUGAUACUGAGUCAAGAUACCGACUCUUUUUUGAGCUGCUGCAUCGAAAGAUCACCCAAUAUCACCUUGAGGCUCGAGAUAUAUACAAUAUGGAUGAAAAGGGCAUCUUGAUUGGCUUGAUAGGCAGAAGCAAGAGGAUAUUCAGCAGACGUCAAUGGGAGAAGAAGGAGGUUCGAGCAUCUACCCAGGACGGAUCACGCGAGUUCCUGACACUCCUAGCCUGCUGCUGCGCCGAUGGAAGCUCGCUGCCUCCAAGCCUUAUCUACCCAGCUGCAGAAGGAGGUAUACAAUCGAGUUGGGUAGAGGAUAUCAAGGUAGGAGAGCAUGAGGUCUUUGUCUCAUCAUCUCCAACAGGCUGGUCAGACGAUAACAUAGGCCUAGCUUGGCUUGAGCAGGUGUUUGAUCGCUGUACGAAGCAGCGAUCAGGGAGAUGGCGAUUGCUCAUCGUUGAUGGCCAUGGAACUCAUGUCACGAAAGAGUUUAUCGACUACUGUGAUCGCCACAGGAUCCUCCUCAUGGUCCUUCCUCCCCAUUCAGCUCACACGCUCCAGCCGCUCGAUGUAGUGCUGUUAAAGCCACUCUCUCAAGCCUACUCUAACGAGCUCACAAGCUUUCUCCACAAGGCUCAAGGCCUCAUCACAAUCGAGAAAGGGGACUUCUUUCUGCUCUUCUGGAGCGCCUGGAUAUCCUCCUUCACAGAGAGCCUCAUAUUGAAGGCCUUCGAAGCCACUGGAAUCUGGCCGAUGGAUGCCAACGUUAUCCUUCGUAGAUUUGGCAGCACGCCAGAAGCUGAGAGAAUCUCAUCGUCAGGGCUCUCUGGUCACGACUGGAGAAAGCUCGAUCGGUUAGUACGAGCUGUUGUCAAUGAUAGCCAUCAGUAUGAGGCAAGAAAGCUGCGCUCAAGCGUUCACCAUCUCUCUGUGCAGCAUGAGCUUUUAAAGCAUGAGAACGAGCGUUUAAAGGAAGCUCUUCAACAUGAAAAGAAACACAAGAAGAAUGGUAAAGCUCUUGACCUUCAACAGCGCCAGGAGUAUCACGGUGGCGCUGUCCACUGUUCCCCUCGCAAGCUGCGUGAAGCUCGAGCUAGAGAGGCAGUACGGGAGCGAGAUGAGAUGGAGGUGAAACCCGAAAAAGCACGGGAUAAGAAGCAGCGCGAGGAGGCUCGAGUGCAGCGUCGAGUUGAACUCGAGGAGAAGCGUGUAGAGAGGCAGAGGCUCAAGGAGACGAGGGAGCUUGAGCGGGCUGAGAAAGCAGCUGAACGCGCGCCCAAAGUUGAAGCUCAACACCAGAAAAAAGCUGUCCAACAGGCUCAAAAACGCAAGCGACCAGCCUUGCAAGCAACCUCAUCAAGUGACAAGCGUCAAAAACGCGCUGGCGCUGCUCACGCUGGUGUUCAAGCUGAAGAUGAGCUAUCUGCUGCUCCAGCUAAAGUCACAUCACGUGGCCGCCACGUCAGCCUCCCGCAAAGAUAUAGAUAG